AUGCUUAGCGCUUCAUCACAGAGCCGUCUGUUGGGCUCCGCUAUUCAGACACCUGUUAGCCAAGGUUGCAUUUCGUCCGCUUCAUUAUUCUCUUAUUCGGCAUCAAAUUUUAUUUACGAUUUAAGGAAUCCUCUAUCAAAUGAUAAUGAAGAUUGCUCAAAAUUCGAAGAUAUACUUAUAUCCAGAUGGGAAGAUGCUGAGAAGCGUAAUGUAUUGAACUAUGAUCUAAACUGUAUGUACAAACUGCUGGAGGGUGAAUUCAACUUUUCGGUACAGCUGAAUGUUGAACGUGGAGAAAAGAGGCGUAAACCAAUGCAUUUCCGUGCAUUACGUGAACCUUUUAGUAAUCUGAGAUGGAAUUUCACAAAAUUGAAAGAAGAUGAGAUACUUUUAUAUCUGCAACGCAAGGACCAUUUACUAAGCAAUGAUACAUCGGAUUAUCAUGUUGUUGCAGUUAAUGCUUCACCGCUUGCAAGAGGACAUUCUUUGCUAUUGCCAUGCAUAAAUUGUUGUAUACCACAGAUCUUGUCCGAAGUAGCAGUUCGUUUGGCAACCGAUAUAAUGCUUUUAGUGAGGGAUAACUCCUUUCACAUUUUAUUCAACAGUCUUCUGGCGUUGGCUUCCAUUAAUCAUCUACACCUUCAUCUUUUAACCUGGCCAUAUGACUCUGACUUGAUCAAUCGCAGGUGUGAACAUCUCAUCGAUAAUGUAUAUGUCGUCAAGCGCCCGAUAUGGUUUGCGUAUGCUUUUGUCUUCCAGUUAACUGGUUCAGAGCAAUAUGAAAAGUUCGUUAUGAAUAUAGCACGUUGUGCAGACUAUCUAAGCACUCAUGAAGUAGCGCACAAUGUUUUUUUCUCACGUGCGCAACCACUAAGAACAUCUGGCGCUAUUCAAUCGGAGGAUAAAACAAAUGUACUUCCACAACUUGUCACUGCAUAUAUUUUCCCGCGUAUUGCUGUUGUUGGAGCCAAACCGGUGAAAAGUUUCAGUCCAGCAUCUUUGGAACUCUCGGGAUGUUUGACUGCCUACACAUAUCAGUUUUUCGACACAGUCACUGAAGAGGGAGUGCUGCGCACAAUAGACGAAGAGGCAACAUUGCCUGACUCACGGUUCAAUCAAAUUUGUUCCGAACUGAAACGACUUCUGUCAGGAAAAAUGCUGGUCGAGCAGAGUACUGCUGACAAGAUCGAGCCGCUAUCGUCGUCAGAGCUAGAAGAAUUGCGCGAUUCAUUCCAAACAUUCGAAAUGCAUUCGCCAAGGCGCUUCUUCCCUGCAGAUGAUCAACAAUUUACAUUCGAAGAAAAAGGAAAACCAACAAACACCAACUCAGGAGCUUCUCUUUGA